AGGGCAGUAACGAGGGAAAUUCAAUCCCCGGCCGAGAUACAGGAAAUUUUCUGAGGCGUCAUGGAGGCGUCCCGAGGUUUCGCGGAAGCUGGGGCCUUAAGCCCGGAGCAGGCUGCCAGUUACCUGAGAUACGUGAAGGAGGCCAAAGAAGCAACUAAGAAUGGAGAUCUGGAAGAAGCACUUAAACUUUUCAACUUGGCAAAGGACAUUUUUCCCAACGAAAAGGUGAUGAGCAGAAUCCAAAAAAUAGAGGAAGCCUUGGAGGAGUUGGCAGAACAUGGAGAUGAUGAAUUCAUAGAUGUGUGCAACUCUGGCCUGCUGCUUUAUCAAGAACUGCACAACCAACUAUAUGAGUACCAGAAGGAAGGUGUAGCUUUUCUCUAUAGCCUGUAUAGGGAUGGAAGGAGAGGUGGCAUUCUGGCAGACGAUAUGGGGUUAGGAAAGACUGUUCAAAUCAUUGCUUUCCUUUCUGGUAUGUUUGAUGCUUCACUUGUGAACCAUGUGCUUCUUAUCAUGCCAACCAGUCUCAUCAGUAUAUGGCUAAGAGAAUUUGUCAAGUGGACUCCAGGAAUGAGAGUCAAAACCUUUCAUGGUCCUAGCAAGGAUGAACGUACCAGAAACCUCUGUCGGAUUCAGCAAAGGAAUGGUGUCAUUAUCACCACAUACCAAAUGUUAAUCAAUAAUUGGCAGCAGCUUUCCAGCUUGAAUGGCCAAGAAUUUUUGUGGGACUAUGUCAUCCUUGAUGAAGCACAUAAAAUAAAAACCUCAUCUACCAAGUCAGCAAUAUGUGCUCGUGCAAUCCCUGCCAGUAAUCGCAUCCUCCUCACAGGAACCCCAAUCCAGAAUAAUUUACAAGAACUAUGGUCCCUAUUUGAUUUUGCUUGUCAAGGGUCCCUGCUAGGAACAUUAAGAACUUUUAAAAUGGAGUAUGAAAAUCCUAUUACUAGAGCAAGAGAGAAGGAUGCUACCCCAGGGGAAAAAGCUUUGGGAUUUAAAAUAUCUGAAAACUUAAUGGCAAUCAUAAAGCCCUAUUUUCUCAGGAGGACUAAAGAAGAGGUACAGAAGAAAAGGUCAAGCAACCCAGAGGUCCAGCUUAGUGAAAAGAGUCCAGAUGUUGGUGCCAUAUGUGAAAUGCCUUCCCUUUCCAGGAAAAAUGAUUUAAUUAUUUGGAUACGCCUUGUACCUUUACAAGAAGAAAUAUACAGGAAAUUUGUGUCUCUAGAUCAUAUCAAGGAGUUGUUAAUGGAGACACGCUCACCUUUGGCUGAGCUGAGUGUCUUAAAGAAGCUCUGUGAUCAUCCUAGGCUGCUAUCUGCACGAGCUUGUGGUUUGCUGAAUCUAGGAGCUGCCAAAUUAUCUGUUCAGGAUGAAAUUGAAGGGGAAGAUUCCUCAGAUGUGGACCAUAUUGAUCAAAUAAGUGAUGAUACACUGAUGGAAGAAUCUGGAAAAAUGGUAUUUCUAAUGGACCUGCUUAAGAAACUGCGAGAUGAAGGGCAUCAAACUCUGGUGUUUUCCCAGUCAAGACGAAUUCUAAACAUCAUUGAACGUCUCUUAAAGAAUAGGCACUUUAAGAUGCUGCGAAUCGAUGGAACAAUUACUCAUCUUGUGGAACGAGAAAAAAGAAUUAGUUUAUUCCAGCAAAAUAAAGAUUACUCUGUUUUUCUGCUUACCACUCAAGUAGGUGGUGUUGGCUUAACACUAACUGCAGCAAGCAGAGUGGUCAUCUUUGAUCCUAGCUGGAAUCCUGCAACUGAUGCUCAAGCUGUGGAUAGGGUUUACCGAAUUGGACAGAAAGAAAAUGUUGUAGUUUAUAGGCUCAUCACUUGUGGAACUGUAGAGGAAAAAAUAUACAGAAGACAGGUUUUCAAGGACUCACUAAUAAGACAAACUACUGGUGAUAAGAAGAACCCUUUCCGAUAUUUUAGUAAACAAGAAUUGAGAGAGCUCUUUACAGUUGAGGAUUUUCAGAACUCUGCAACCCAGCUGCAGCUUCAGUCUUUGCAUGCUGCUCAGAGGAGAUCUGAUAAGAACCUAGAUGAACAUAUUGCCUUCCUGCACUCUUUGAGGAUAGCUGGAAUCUCAGAUCAUGAUUUGAUGUACACACGUGACCUGUCUUUUAAAGAAGAGCUUGAUGUGAUCGAAGACUCUCACUAUAUUCAACAAAGGGUUCAGAAAGCUCAAUUCCUUGUUGAAUCCGAGUCUCAAAAUACAGAGCUCCUAAUGGAAAGACAAAAACCUGGGAGUGAGGGCAUCUGGCUGAGAGAACCUGUAUUUCAAACAAAGAAAAAACGUGCCGAAGUAAAUAAACCACAGCCUCAGCCUUCAUCUCGUCUACCUAUUUAUCACACCCAGGAAGAAGAAAUCAGUUCUCUAAUGGCCAGCGUAAUCAUUGAUGAUCUGCCCAAAGAGGGUGAGAAAGAUCUCUCCAGGAUAAAGAUGAAUGAUACCAUCCCACGAGAUGGUAGGCACUCAUGUGUAAGUACAUUUGAUGAUGACUUUGUCACUACUUUACCCAAGGGGUGUGGAGAUGUAGAAAUUUUCCCUGACUCUUUAUCAGGGAUGGCUGUACAAAAAGAGGCAUCACAAGAGGGGUUUAUGCAGGAGUCAGAGCAAGAGAGCCCUCUGGGAAGUUUUAAUUAUUUACCUAGCAAGUCAGUCAGAGUUGAUCUUGGACCAAAUCUAGAUCAACUAGAGGAUGAUGUGAUUUUACAUCACUGCAAUGCCUCGCCUGCUAAUCCCAAAACAAAGGACUAUCAAAGGCCAGAAUCGAAUGUAUCUGUUAUUAAAAUAGCUGAUGAUGACUUAGAAGCAGCCCACAGUGCACUGCAGGAUGCUCAAGCGAAUGAGGCCAAAUUGGAAGAGGAACCUUUAGCCUCUUCAGCACAGUAUGCAUGUGAUUUCAAUCUUUUCUUGGAAGACUCCGCAGACAAGGGACAAAAUCUUUCCAGUCAGUCUUUGGAGCAUGUGGAGAAAGAAAAUAGCUUGUGUGGCUCUGCAGCUAAUUCAAGAGCAGAGUCAGUGCAUAGCAAAGCAUGUCUCAGUGUGGAUCUUACUGAGGAAGAUGAUGAGCCAGAAGAAGUAGUUAAUGUGAAAGUCAGAAGAAAAGCCAGACGAAUUGAUUCAGAUGAUGAAGGUGAACAUACUUUUAAAGAUACUUCAAGCACAAACCCAUUCAACACAUCUCCCUUCCCAUUUUUAUCUGUAAAACAAUUUGAUGCCUCAACUCCCAAAAAUGACAUCAGUCCACCUGGAAGGUUCUUUUCACCUAAAAUAUCUGACAGUAUAAAUAAGUCUGUAAACUCUAGAAGAUCCCUGGCUUCUAGGAGGUCUCUUAUUAAUGUGGUUUUAGACCACGUGGAGGAUAUGGAGGAAAGACUUGACAAUAGCAAUGAAGCAAAGGUUGUUGAAGAUUAUCUGGAGGAAGGAGCAGAGGAAAGCAGUGAUGAAGCCCCAGAGCAUACAAAAGAAGAUCCUUCCAGAGAAACACUGUCUUCAGAAAAUAAAUCCAGUAGGUUAAGUACAUCUAAGCCUGGUGCUCUGGCUCAGGAGACCUCUCUGGGUGACCCUGAGCCUUUGUCUGGUGGACAGUUGGUUGACUCUCCCCAGGAUGAGGCAGUGGAGGCUGUGAAUGACUAUGACACUCUUGUCUUGCGUGGAAAAGAACUGAAAGAGUGUGGAAAAGUACAGGAGGCCUUAGACUGCUUAGUUAAAGCACUUGACAUAAAAAGCUCAGAUCCUGAAGUCAUGCUCAUGACUUUAAGUUUAUAUAAACAACUUAAUAAAACUUGAGAAUAUAACCUGUUUUAUAGUAUUUUAAAGCAAAACUUGAGUAUGAGGUAAUUUGUUCCCAUAAUUGGAUUCUUUUGGGAGCAUGAAGCCUUCAGGCUUAAGGUGAGAGAACUCAAAAAAUGAGUUUUUGUUCUAACUUUUUUUGUAAAUAUUGUAAUUACCACCUGCUCCUGCUUUCCCCCCAUACAUGUAUUUUGGUAUUCUGAGCACUAGGUUAAUGUUUCUUUCCUCAAAUAUUCUUAUAUUUUUCUUUUAGGCGUACUCUGUAAACUUAAUAGAACUGUGUUAUUUCUAGAGAAGUUUUUGUAACAUUACUCUGGCCAUUUUAAAUUUUACUCUGAGAAUGUCAAUUUUGUAUAUCACAGUCCAGAUAUCAAUAAUAUUAAAGUUACUUUUCUCAAGCAUUUUUCAUUCACUUUCUUUCACUGAGAUAGUUGAUAUUGACAAAUACAUGUAAAAAUCAUUUAGGCAGAAGUCUGUCAUUAGUAUUCCAGAUCUAAGACCCAUUUAACAUACACUAGCAUAUAGGCUGUUGGUUUACUACAGCCAAAGACUGGGAUAAGGUACCUGGUGCUGGGCUGCUUUA